ACGAAUAACAAAGUAGCGGGAGCACUGCAUAGAAGUGAAGGGUUUAGCACUGAACUCAACUUAGGGUUCUGAAACCUUGUACCCAGACGAUAGUACCAUCUCCCACUUUUUCCUUAACGCGAAAAUAUCAGUGCGAUCUCAUUGGUGGAGAGUGAAUCCGAACAAUGGCGCUGGCGUUCGAUGAGUUUGGUAGGCCAUUCAUAAUAAUCAAGGAACAAGAGCAGAAAACCCGAUUAAGAGGCAUUGAUGCUCAAAAAGCCAACAUUUCCGCUGGCAAAGCCGUAGCUCGCAUACUCCGCACUUCUCUUGGUCCUAAGGGCAUGGACAAGAUGCUUCAGAGCCCUGACGGCGAUGUCACUAUCACAAAUGAUGGUGCAACUAUCCUGGAGCAGAUGGAUGUUGACAAUCAGAUUGCCAAGUUGAUGGUUGAGUUGUCACGAAGUCAAGAUUAUGAAAUUGGUGAUGGAACUACUGGAGUUGUUGUCAUGGCUGGGGCACUUCUAGAACAAGCGGAGAAGCUGUUAGAACGCGGUAUUCACCCUAUUCGAGUUGCAGAAGGAUAUGAAAUGGCUUGUAGGAUAGCAGUUGAGCACUUGGAGCGUAUUGCAAAUAAGUUUGAAUUUGGUGUGAAUGGGUUUGAGCCUUUGAUUCAAACCUGCAUGACUACUUUGUCAUCUAAGAUUGUGAACAGAUGCAAGCGUAGCAUGGCUGAGAUAGCUGUCAAAGCAGUUCUAGCUGUUGCAGAUCUAGAGAGGAAGGAUGUUAAUCUGGACUUAAUCAAAGUUGAGGGAAAAGUUGGUGGAAAAUUAGAGGAUACAGAGCUAAUUUACGGAAUUGUAGUUGACAAAGAUAUGAGUCAUCCUCAGAUGCCAAAGCAAAUUCAGGAUGCAAAUAUUGCCAUUUUGACUUGUCCUUUUGAGCCUCCAAAACCAAAGACCAAGCAUAAGGUUGACAUUGAUACUGUGGAAAAGUUUCAAACUUUACGCCUACAGGAGCAGAAGUACUUUGAUGACAUGGUUCAGAAAUGCAAGGAUGUUGGUGCCACUUUAGUUAUUUGCCAGUGGGGUUUUGAUGAUGAAGCAAACCACUUACUUAUGCAUAGAAAUCUGCCUGCUGUUAGAUGGGUAGGUGGCGUGGAGUUGGAGCUGAUAGCAAUUGCUACAGGUGGGAGAAUUGUGCCGAGAUUUCAAGAAUUGACACCUGAAAAACUUGGCCUGGCUGGUCUGGUUCGAGAGAAAUCAUUUGGUACAACAAAGGACAGGAUGAUUUACAUUGAACAUUGUGCAAAUUCAAGGGCCGUGACAAUAUUUAUCCGUGGUGGUAACAAGAUGAUGAUAGAGGAGACAAAACGUAGUAUCCAUGAUGCUUUGUGUGUGGCUAGAAAUCUUAUUCGCAACAACUCCAUUGUGUAUGGUGGUGGUUCAGCUGAGAUCUCUUGCUCAAUUGCUGUGGAAGCAGCUGCUGAUAAACACCCAGGAGUUGAGCAGUAUGCUAUCAGAGCAUUUGCAGAUGCUUUGGAUUCUAUCCCAAUGGCACUUGCUGAGAAUAGUGGUCUCCAACCCAUUGAAACUUUAUCUGCUGUAAAAUCUCAGCAAAUUAAGGAAAACAAUCCUUGCUGUGGGAUAGAUUGCAAUGAUGCUGGAACAAAUGACAUGCGUGACCAAAAUGUCUUUGAGACACUGAUUGGGAAGCAACAGCAGAUUUUGCUUGCAACCCAGGUUGUUAAGAUGAUUUUAAAGAUUGACGAUGUCAUUAGUCCAUCUGAAUAUUGAUUGAUGUGUAGUACGUAAACCAAAGUUUGUGCUGCCAAAGAGAAGAUGGACAUUCUAGCUUUGGCAAUGCCACUCCAAGUAGUUUUAGUUUCUAUGUCAUAAUUGAGUUCGGUUUUGGUGGUUGACCAAUUGAUAUGAUUUUUGGAUUGACGACUUUGAUUUAAUUAAUGACCAGUGCUAUGAGAAGGGUUGGGCAGUUA